AUGGCAACCCACAUACCGCCUCUUAGGAAUAAACUUCGCAAUAUCAAAGUGCUGAGAGGCCCGUUUCCAGAGACAAACUUUGAUGAUUUUCCGGAUACACCUCAGCAGGCGUUUAUAGGGUGGCUUGACGAAGCAAUUCAAGCCGGGGUCAAAGAGGCGCACUCGAUGACACUCUCGACAGUUGAUGAACAUGGAUGGGCUGACGCUCGUGUGCUCAUCCUUAAAGAACUCGAUGAGCGUGGAUGGCACUUUGCCGCGAGAGGUGACAGCCCCAAAGCUUUCCAGAUCAAGCAGAACGCACACGUCGCCUUGACAUUUUAUUGGCCGGAGGUUGGUCGGUCGAUUAGAAUUCGAGGAAAGGCCAAUCAGUUACCAGACGAGGAGAGCCAAGAAGAUUUCUCUGAGCGGCCUCUCGGCUCGAGGAUGAGUGCGGUGGCAUCCAAGCAGAGUCAAAAACUUGAGAGUCGCGAUGUGCUUCUUCAACGUGUGGCGGAUGUUGAAGCUCAGAUGGCACAAGGUUCAUGCUCACUACCAAAGCUUGAUUGGAGGCUGUAUGCUGUUGAGCCUUUCGUGGUCGAAUUCUGGCAAGGCUCACAUGACCGUCUACAUCAGAGGGUACGGUUCCUUCCUGGAUCAGGUGGUGAUGGUUGGGUGAAGGAAUUGUUAUGGCCGUGA